AUGCGACAUAUUGGAGGCAAGUGUAUUCACGUUUUAGGGGGCGCUUUCACAAAACCAAAAGUGGGACAAUUCCUUGUGAUAUACGACGGAUGUGUAAAAGACAGGCUGGAGUUCCAGCUCUGGCCGAGUGGAAUACUGCUGCUUACUAGAUAUGGCAUGUGCGUGAAGCCUACUGGCCCGGUGACUGAUGGAGUGCGGGUUGGUAAAAAGUUUGAGAUAUAUUUCUUGAUACAACGUGUUAACGCUGAACGAGAACAAACAGACAUGAUGGAUUAUAAAUAUGGCGUAUUUAAUCUCUACUAACUUUAUUAUCAGUGGAUACAUUACCUACCUACCUACCUACCUACCUACCUACCUACCUACCUACCUACCUACUUACCUACCUACCUACCUACCUACCUACCUACCUACCUACCUACCUACCUACCUACCUACCUACCUACCUACCUACCUACCUACCUACCUACCUAGCUACCUACCUACCUACGUACCUACCUACCUACCUACGUACCUACCUACCUACGUACCUACCUACAUACCUACCUACCUACCUACCUACCUACCUACCUACCUACCUACCUACCUACCUACCUACCUACCUACCUACCUACCUACCUACCUACCUACCUACUCACCCACCAACAUAUUUAUCUGCCUCUUUUUUUAAGGUGGGUGUUUUCAGCAGUUGUAAUGCGACAGACACGUGGAGUUGGACUACCCGAGGAUCACUGCAAUACAAAAAAAAAAUGUGUCUUAAGCCUGAAACUGGAGGGAGGAACCCAUACAAUAAUGCAGAGCUCGUGCUUGACUCAGUCUGUGACGAGCCAGAAAACUUAUUCGAGUUUAUGCUCGGUAGGUAUCCCUCAGUGCUUUAUAUAACUGACCGUCUUACGUGAAUUGUCAAUGAUGGCAAUCUGUGUGUUAUUUACAUGCCAAAGGAAAGCGGUUGUGAGUCACAUACUUUUAACUAACUUGGUUUAUAUUGGGAAACUGUGUCAAUUGUAAACUGUUCUUCCACGAAUUCCAGUUAGAGUUAUUUCUUAUUGAUCCAGUGUUAAUACAGGAGGAAACCUAUAAACUAUACUAACUUUAUUUAUGCUGGUAGCUUUUAUUCGUCCAGUUCUAUAAACUGUUCUUUGUAGAAAUCCAGUAAGGACCAUUCCUUAUUUGGUCAGUUUUACUACCGAGUACCCGAGAAAACCUGCGCUGUUUGGUAUAGUCAAAUCAUAGAUAGUGUGUUUAUCACCACGGAAACAGAAGUACUCUUCUCACACUGCAACUAAGGGAAAUUAAAAUCCAACAACUGCAUAUUACAGAAAGAAUGUUACAUGCAGCAAACACUAUGCCGCUAACACUGUAUACACUUUCCUGCAGGCUCCCUUCAAUCUACUCUCUCUAGCUUCUCAGGCUUGAUUAACCAACAUCACGUUUCUUAUUUCAGUCAAUUCAGCAUUUGGUUGGUAUUUAUACAUUGGACCAAGGCAACCGAACAACAAAGCUCGGUUGAUCUCACCAUCGACAACAAAAGCCAAAUCCUGUCUCCUCUUUUUUUACUACAUGUACGGCUAUUACGUAAACGAACUUCGGGUAUUUACUUUUAUUUAUCUAUUUAUUUAUUUUGAUUUAUAUAUUAACUUUCCCAAACAGUUCAUGUGCCAGUCUCAUGGCAUCAGGUGAUCUAGGUCAACAUACCUUAUUGAAGUGAAUUAGUGAAAGUGUGAAAUCUUUCGUUGUAAAGAUUUUGAAAUGAACAAACCUGACUAUACUAUAUUUUCUCGAUCUUUGUGGUGACGAGUACCGUGCAACCUAUUGUAGAACCUGAAAUAACAUUCAAAAAUUGGUCGAAAAAUGUCCAACCAAAGUGAAACUUGAUUGGAAACUUUAUGGUUCCGCCAUAAUUAGAAACUUUAUGGCUCCGGCAAUGGCUCCGCCAUUACUUUAUUUCAUUCUAACUCCUGACAUCCAUCAUCCUCGUACCCAGGGUCUUUUUGGAGAAGACCCUGGUAUUUUCUGGUCACGUGACUCUACCAAAAAUAAUUGCCCAAGGGGGAGUGGCAAAGUAUCAAAUUACAUGCUUCCACAGAAAACGUUAAAUUUCAAAUACCAGGAGUGGGUUUACGAUACAUAGUUCGAAGCGCCCGCUAACUUCUAUUUUAUACUUCUGUUUGCUUUUAAAUUACAAAAACACUGUAGCACUUAUCAACAGUCAAGUCAAGAAACAAAUAAGAUCGUCUAUUUUAAAGUUUGAAGUUGGGUAUUCACUCUCAAACAUAUUUUCAUAACAAACCGGUCACAUAUCAAACAAGUCACAUGCAUGAGUAUUUGUUUUGUAACAUACACGCACAGAAGAGUCUUUGACUUAUCUUUGAGUAGGCUAUUGUCGGACUAUUUUACCAUGGGUUUGAUAACAGGGAGCUAGGUAUACUUCGACAUAUCUCUUGAGCAUCAAGUUUCAGCGAAGUCAAUGUCAAUGUUGAAUGUUUCACAGCGCUUUUAAGACCCUUUUAAUAACAGUCUGAGUAGCGUUGUAACAGCCACAUCUCAGUGUAGAAAUAUAUUUUCUUGUAACGUUUGUGACGACGUGUGAUUUCUACGACCAGCCGUAUAGCAUAAUUUGUCUAUUGAAAUCUGAUCUAUCUUUUGCUCACCGACAUUUUACGCACAAUGACCGAGAGAAAAUAGCCUGGAUACGAGGUUGGGCAUCAAUUGGGUAAAUUACGGCAAUAUAUAAAUAUUACUUUAUGCCAAACACUAUACAGUAUAAUUUAAAUAACAGCUAAUUUGCUAUUUAUGUUCGGCCAAAUAUCCGGACAAUCUGGUAUUCGAUCGGAUAAAACUGUAAUUUUUUUCUAUGCUAUUUCAGGCUUUUCUAUCGUGAACUGAAGCACAUUCAUACACUGACAAAUAUAUAUGUAUAAUUUCAGGUCUACGUGAAAUCUGGGAGUAAUAUGUAUCCAGUUUGGAGUCUUUCUGGAGAGCAAGGUGACAAAUGGUAUCAAGCACAAGUGGCUGUGAACAAUCAAACGGCGUCAUAUCAGGUGAGCAUGCAUGUAGACCAGUGAGCAUUGAAUAUAACUGAAUCCAAAGAUAGUAGAUAUAGAUGGGCAAGGUCUUUGCUAGGAUUUUUGAUUUUGAGAGUGUUUUCAAAUUUUCAGGGUGUCAGGUACUUGCCAAUUAAGAAUGUAGCUACGUAGUUUUUUGUUCUUACCACAUAUGCCAUCAUACUGUGUAUCUAUAACUGAACAGACAACGGUUAAACGUAAUGUAUUUGUUAAAUAGUAAAUAUUAAUAAUUAAAAUUGUCAAUUGCCACAUAAUAUUGGUAUACAGCUAUUUCAAUUAAGGUUGUCCAAGAGCAAAGCGGAAAAGUCGAAUACGAGCGCGAAAGGCUGCUUGGAAUCGCAAACAAAUUAAUGAAUUUUCAAAGCGAUUCCCAGUGUCCACGAGCCGCCUAGGCGAGGGAUCACUUUUUGUUCUUACCACAUAUGACGUCAUACUGUCUAUCUAUAAUUGAACAGACAACGGGAAAAUGUAAUCUAUUUGUUUUAUAUGAUAAAAUUGAAAAUAUUCUCAAAAUAAACAGGUGAACAGAUCAUUUUAAUCCCCCCAAACAUUUGGAAGUUGAAAUUUUGCAAAUAUCUCCUGUUCAUGAUCUAUACAAAUAACGAAAUGCUAUUGGCUCGCUUAAGUAACGUGCUGAAUUCUGAUUUGCUAAGCUGAGAAAGGAAAAUAUAAAAAAUGUAAAACCAGGGAAAAACCAUUGUUUUACGAAAUAAAAACGUGUGAUAAAAAAUAAAUUGUUUUGUUCUGAGCGACUGUGGUGAUUGAAAAGAUUUAAACAUUCCUUAUGUUCUUUGUAUGUUGGCAUGGUGAUAAAAUAUAAUAGGUUUUGUUUGUGGAAACACCACGUAAAUUUAUUACUGCAAAGCUUUCGAUCCGUAAGCCCGGAUCUUCAUCAGUGCUAAUAAUAUGUGACUUGUUUAAUUCACACGCUCUUUUUAUAUACAAAAGUUACUGCUAAAUCUGCAAAAGAUAAAGCUACACUUUUCAACGCGUACUUCUCUUCCGUAUUUCGUUCACCUUCCACAGGUUCAAAAUCAGGUAUCUGUAAUCUGCUUCAACCAUUAGAAAUUGAGGAGCUUUCCAAUAUAACACUCAAUGCGGAAGAAGUUGCGCGAAGUUUGUACAAUCUUGACACAUCCAAAGCGUGUGGCCCCGAUGGCAUUCCAACUCGUCUUCUGCAAGAAUGCAGCAUCCAAAUUGCACCCAGCAUUUGUGAACUAUUCAAUCAUUCGCUGCACACCGGUCAGAUCCCUUCUGAAUGGAAAUCUGCCAAUGUUACGCCUAUCCACAAGAAAGAUCGUAAAGAACCAGCCGAAAAUUAUAGACCUAUUUCUUUGCUCCCCAUCCUUGGAAAAGUUCUAGAACGUGGCGUGUGUUUCAGACUUUACGAUCAUGUCAAACAUCUCAUCACCAAAUUUCAACAUGGUUUCCUCAGACAACGUUCAUGUGUCACUCAGCUCCUAUCUGUUCUUCAUACUAUCGGACAAUCUCUCGACAAGAACACCCAAACAGACAUCGUUUACCUAGAUUUUGCAAAGGCAUUUGACAUUGUUGACCACAAUAUUCUUCUCCACAAACUUAAACAGUAUGGCGUAUCAGGACAGUUGUAUGCAUGGUUCGAAGACUAUCUGAGCGGUCGUUGUCAACGAGUUGUGGUAGAUGGAGUUCCAUCUUCCUGGGCACCUGUAACAUCUGGUGUGCCACAAGGAAGUAUCCUAGGACCUGUUCUGUUUGCGAUCUUUAUAAACGAUCUUCCAAAUGUACUACCAGACGAGACCUCGGCAGCAUUGUAUGCAGAUGACACCAAAGUGUACAAAUCAAUUAAAUCGGAAGAUGACUGUCAAAUUCUGCAACACGCCUUGACCAGCCUUGAAUGUUGGAGUCAUGAUAACAACCUAGAUUUCAACCAGUCGAAAUGUAAGGUGCUGACCAUCACACGAAAAAAGACUCCCCUCGUGCAUGUCUACCACAUGAAUUCAAAGGAACUCUUGCGUGUGGAUAAAGAGAAAGACCUUGGUGUUUGCGUCAGUGCCAACUUCAAUUGGGAUGUUCACAUCCACACAAUCACUAGUAAGGCCAACAAGAUGCUCGGGCUGCUUAAACGAACUUGCCCUCUUUUGAGAGACAAAACAGUACGACGAACUCUGUAUCUCUCGCUUGUUAGAUCUCAGCUAUGUUACGCUAGUGAAGUCUGGUCUCCACACACUGUCAAACUCAAGUCUAGAGUCGAAAGCGUCCAAAGAAGAGCCACCGCGUGGAUACUACAAUCCAAGCAUGGCGAAAUGACAUACCAACAACGGCUAAUGAAUCUCAACCUGCUCCCCCUCUGCUAUGAAAGAGAGAUUUCUGAUCUG